AAAUCGUCGGAAGACCAAGAACCCUCAGCUGCAGCCAAUGGAGACCGCCCCGAGGCUGAAAUGCCUCAGACGGAGACUGGUCUCGAUAUCAAGUCCUUAGGCACCUCCAGUCAGCUCAAGGAGCUCCUCGAUCGCUUUCCUUCUCUGCGGGAUCAGCUGCAGGACAUCUACCAGGCUACUUUGGAGGAGGAAUGGCAAGAGAAUCAACCGUACGUCGGUCGGCACCGGGGCUUUGGGAAAGGUAGAGCGACGCAUCGUCAUCGCGGGCCGUGGACGCGUGAGAAAGGGUUCAACCGGGGAGUGGGCAAGGUCAGAAAGCUUCGGGAACGAUGUGAAGAGGGGGAUGAAGUAGGCCAGAAAGCAGAAGGCUAUAUGCGCUUCAUGGCCUUGAUCACGGGGAAUCAGCUACCUGAGGCUGCAUGAGAAUGUGCCUGUCUGGUUUUGUUGGUGCGUCUUGCAACGAGAGGCAAGGUGGCAAACUACGCUUCCCACCGGAAAGGUGCCAAGACUGCACGCAGUGCAGGUUUGAGCUUGGCCAGCCGACCAGCUCGAUGCUGCUUCACCUAGCAGCCAGCCCGUG